AUAUACCACAUUUUUCACUCCAUAAGACACAUCUGACCAUAAGACGCACCUAGAUUUUAGAGGAGGAAAACAGGAAACAAAAGAUUCUAAACCAAUGGACUGCAGACAUGGUACAGGAGAUGACCAGAGACUGCGGACAUGGUACAGGAGAUGUCCAGAGACUGCGGACAUGGUACAGGAGAUGUCCAGGGACUGCGGACGCGGUACAGGAGAUGACCAGAGACUGCGGACGCGGUACAGGAGAUGACCAGAGACUGCGGACGCGGUACAGGAGAUGACCAGAGACUGCGGACGCGGUACAGGAG